AGAUACACCCAAUCUGUUCCAAAGGCCCUGCGCAAACCAGCAAAGGUUUCAGGAAGCAAACCAGGAAGCCAGAGCAAGAAAAAAUAAAGUAAGGAACUGUGACUUGCUUGACAGGGGAGUAAAAUCGGGUCUCUAGAUGAUGGAUCUUGAAUUUGACCAGGAAGUUUUGGACGCCAACUUCAUCAAACGUGCAAAACUAGUGGAGGUCGAGGGAGUCCCUUUUCACAGUAAUACCGCAGAGAACUGGGGUCGCUUGUGGGCCUUUGCAGCCCGGCCAGACGAUCUUCUGAUCUGCACUUACCCCAAAGCAGGGACCACCUGGAUCCAGGAAAUUGUGGACAUGGUCCAACAGGGAGGGGACCUACAGAAAUGCACUCGGGCCCCAACACACAAGCGUAUGCCCUUCAUAGAUUUGUUCCUUCCCAAACCCUUAACUUCAGGCCUGGAAGAUGCAGAGGUGAUGCCUUCUCCACGCACCAUCAAAACCCACCUCCCAAUUCAGCUCUUGCCUCCUUCCUUCUGGGAACAGAAUUGCAAGGUCAUUUAUGUGGCCAGGAAUGCCAAAGACAAUGCCGUGUCCUAUUUUCACUUCUAUCGCAUGAACCAGGGGUUGCCAGAGCCCGGAAACUGGGACCAGUUUCUAGAAGAUUACCUUGUUGGGAAGGUUGCGUGGGGCUCUUGGUUUGACCAUGUCUGUGGCUGGUGGGAAGCCAAGGACCGACAUCCAGUUCUGUACCUUUUUUAUGAAGAUAUAAAGAAGGAUCCAGCCCGGGAAAUCCAGAAAGUAGCCCAGUUCCUUGGCAUAGAGCUCACAGAACCAGUUCUGAAACGGAUUGUGCAGCACACAACAUUUGAGAGCAUGAAAGCCAAUCCAAUGGCUAAUUACAGCAGUAUACCUUCUUCCAUUAUGGAUCAAGCUGUGUCACCUUUCAUGAGAAAAGGUGCUGUAGGAAACUGGAAGGAACACUUCACAGUGGCCCAGAGUGAACGGAUGGAUGAAGUCUGUGCUCGGAAACUGGGGGGCACUGGCCUGACCUUCUGCACAGAGCUGUAAGCCCACCUUUAUGUUAUUCCGUGAAACUUACACCAAAAUGUGCCUGGAUUGUUUCCUGUGCUAAAUAAAAUGAACCUCAAACUAA